GUGGUAAGAACGACCACUCUACCUAGGUAACCGUGGAUUGGCUGAAGCUGCGAGUCACACAAGAAUCCUCAGGCGCGAUGUGAAAGACGCCUGGAAACUAUAGAUAGCCGACUUUGGUGGCCACAACGCCACCUCGCGCACACAUCCUGCACCAUAGCCCAUCGCACAACGCACCUCAGCCUUUGAAGGUUCUAUUUGAGCCACACGACCAUGGACGCUGGUUGGGAUGAGUUGGAGCGCAUGGCGCAUGCGGCAUCAGCCUCUGACGCCCAAAUUGCCUCCCAAUACCCGGCACAGGAAAGUAUAGAGCGCUGGAUGCGACUCUUCGGAUAUUCCCGAAUCGACGCUGUCCGUCUAAUCAGUGAUCAACGUGGAGACGUUACCCGGCAGCGAAUCACCGACGAUCACUGGGAACUCGUGCGAACCGAAAAGGAAGCCCUAGGCUACGAUCGCGAGGCUUAUGAGCACAAUCUGUCACUUCUCAAAGUCUUCAAGAGCCAGAGCGCCUUCAUACCAACUUCCGGAGCCGGCGGGGAGAUGAUGCUUCUUUUCAGAUUGGGUGGACUAUUGAGCUCUGCAGAGAAAGUGCAAGAGGUUGCCAGCCUGGAUCGUGUACCCGUUGAGCAAGAGGGAAUGAGUGAGAUGGGUCCCGUCAAGUUUUGUCUGGUGGACAAAGACGCACAGAAGAAACUUGAGGAAUGGCUCACGCAGCAGUCCGUCCUCCAGCAAUAGCUGCGACUCUGACGGGUUUGUGCGAGGGAGAAUUAGUGCUAGUCAGUACUGCAGUCAUCUUAUCAUGACGCUUGGGAACAGCUGUACCAUGCGCUCAUCAGGUCGCUGAAUGCAACACAAUCACAUCCAUCUAAGAUCGACUGCGGCUGGAACAGCCACCCCCCUUUUUUUUUUGUUGAGAAAAGAGUCUCAAUAUCUACCUCCCACGCUGGACAACAGAAACAACGUCGGGGU